AUGCUUUUACAGGUUACACGAUCGAAACCACAUCAAUCUCUAGCUUCCACUCUAGAUACAAAAUGUUCUUCGAGUGUCAAAUCAACCCCAGAAAUCGAAAAGAAAUAUGUUCAUCGUGUAUAUGAUGCGAUUGCACCUCAUUUUAGUGCAACCCGGUUUGCGAAAUGGCCCAAAGUUUCAGCCUUUUUGAACAAUUUGCCAUCGGGGUCUGUGAUUCUAGAUGCAGGAUGUGGUAAUGGCAAGUAUCUAGGUUUGAAUCCCAAUUGUUUCUUCAUUGGUUGUGAUAUAAGCGCACCCCUUAUUCAGAUCUGCAGCGACAGAGGCCAUGAGGUUUUUGUAGCGGAUGCUGUGAAUCUUCCAUACCGAAGCUCAUUAGCAGAUGCUGCAAUUUCGAUUGCAGUUUUGCAUCAUCUUAGUACUGAAAGUAGGAGGAAGAAAGCCAUUGAUGAACUCAUAAGAACUGUGAAAAAAGGUGGGCAUGUUUUGAUCACUGUUUGGGCUGUCGAGCAAGAAGAUAGAUCUUUACUGAAUAAGUGGACCCCACUUACGGAUAAGUAUUUAGAAGAAUGGAUUGGACCAGGUAGUCCACGGAUUCGCAGCUCUUCUUCAGUCACCUUAGAAAGCAUUCCUGAAACUGAGGUGAGUGUUUCACAGGAAGAGGAAGUUAAAGAUUUUGGUAAUUUGAGUUUAGGAGAAGAGGGAAUGGAAAGUGAAUUUAAAGAAGAUAGAGAAAGAGAAAGAGAAAGGCAACAGGAGUAUUUUGUGCCAUGGCAUUUGCCUUACCAUAGAGCAGAAGUGAGUGGAGCUUCUGUAGGAGCAGUGGAAAAUGGUCUUGCAAGGAAAGAUGAUCAAAAGGGUGCAAUCGUCUAUGACAGAUAUUACCAUGUGUUUGGUGAAGGUGAACUUGAAAGGUUGGUUUGUGGCAUGAAGAAUGCAGUUAUUGUGGAUCAAUUUUUUGACAAGUCUAACUGGUGUGUCAUUCUCCAGAAAACUUCAUGUUAGAUCAUAUUCUGAUGCAUUUCUUGCUAAAAAAAGGUGUGAUCAAAAUGAAUGCAAAUCCACAACUUUUUUUAUAGCAGUUUUGGUUUAUUCAAUGACUCCUGAUUUCAGGUGUAGCAUUCUGUAAUUUUUUGUGAACUUGUGGACUUGUUAUAUUUAAAUGUAUUCGAAACUAGGCUUCUGUUGAAUGGAAAGGGUUAGCAAAGUACAACUUUAAAUGUAUGUGGUACAAGUCAUCGGAGCAUACCCAUUCAAAGUGCUUUUAUUUGUUAUUUAAAAUAGGAUAACUGCUUGUGAGUAAUUGCCAAGUUUGUGAAAAAAACUCUUUAAUUUUUUUUUUCAGUAAAAACUCACAUUUGGCAACUUUUUGGUUUUGACCAAAUUUU